GGGGAAGAAAGAUUCUCGAGUGGCAGCCUCGUACCGGUAGGCGAAGUGUAGGGCGACCCCCCACGAGAUGGAGUGAGGACCUGGUAAGACAUGCAGGAAGUCGAUGGAUGCAGGUGGCUCAGGACUGUGCUUUGUGGCAUCCCUUGGGGGAGGCCUAUGUUCAGCAGUGGACUUAUGAAAGGCUGUAAUGAUGAUGAUGAUAUUAUUUUUUUUUACUACAAAAUUAAAAAAAAUACCGCUGUUGACAUAAAAAUCAAAACAUAUUUAGAAGUAAGUCACGUUAGGUACUUGCUUUAUUUUGUCCGUGUGGAAUGUUUUUGUUGUAUAUGUUUAUCAAAACUUCAUGAUGCUAUAGAGUCGGCAUCAGUUUAAUAGGGAUUAAAAUAGGGUAUCAUUGUAGGUAAUUAUGAUCUAUAUCAUCAAAAAUGUAAUCAGAUCAGCUUGCUAUAAUUAAUGAUUGUGAUAACGAUAUUACCAAUAUUAUCACUUAAUCAAGGCUUCAUAUAUAGUGACUAGAAAACAAUUGUUGUAGUUUACUUUGAUACUUCUCGAAAAAUGAAGAACAAAAUACAUAUUGCGAUAGUUUUAGUUCUUUCGCUAGUAGUAGCCGAGGCUAAUAUUGUUAAAACUCAGUUAUCUGGGUAAGUAGGUUUGUGAUCGUAUUAUAGUAAGAUAAUUGAUUUUAAAUAAAACCUAUGAUAUUUUUUUACUUAGCUGCGAUAAUUUUAGGAAUAACUAUUAAAAAGUAACAUCCUAUAUACAUGCCACUGCUUGGCACAGGACUUCUUUCCUUUCUGAGAGGGUUUUAGGGCAAAGAAGUUUUAUAAUUUAUCGGACAUGCAAGUUUUCUCACGGUUUUUCCUGCACUCACACUUUCAUUGAUGCUGGCGGGCAUCAAAUUCUGUUUAUUCUCGAAGUAUAAAAAAAAAGCUAGGGAUUUUUUUCAGUUUAAGGAAAUGCCGUAGGAUGGCGUUAUAAAAUAAUCAUGGUAAUGCUUGGCUAGUAUCGUGUUUGUGUAUCGUAUCGAAAUAAUUCUAGGUGCGAUAUACUUUAAGAAAUUUUGUGCUAACACACACUUUGAAAUUUUCGCCAUAAACCAGGCAGUGUACUCGUAUAGAUGACGCAAAAUCAUGCUGAAUGACUCAUAUAGAUUAACAUAAAAAAUCUUCGAAAUUAAACAAUCUGUUUUUUAAUAUUAUUUAUCUUGCUAUCUGUUGUUUAUUUUUUUUAAAUCAAUGAACACAUUUUGGUGAAGGUCAGACCGAUUAAUAGGCUGAUACAUUCAUUUAAUUCAAUGUAACUUACAAAGGGACGGUUAAAAAAUUCUCGGCCGCAUAUAGUAUUAGUUAUCUUGCCCUCUCGUUAUUUAUGCUUCUAUAUAUGUAUUUGCAGAGUCAGACAUGGUCAAAAUAGCGCCUUUUUUUUUCAGUGGUAAAUGCCUACGCAUACCCGCCUCGCGGGGGCAAGGGCGGGUUAUGUCGGACUCGCACCAACUAAAACGGCAGCCCCAUGGCAGCCCCUUCUCAGGGGAAAACCUCUCUUCCCCAUUCUCCUUCUCAGGCAAUUCGCACCAGGAACACAAGGCACGCCCCCCUCCACGGCUUCCAACUCCACCUGCGUAUCGGAACUCCCCGAGUCCAAUACGCGGAGGCCAUGGGGCCAGGAAAAUCGAGCGCUUAGUAGCACCCGCUUUCCCGACCCCAGCGGCGGAUCUGGUCUCUGGCUCCGCCGCCAACCAAGUUUCGACCGCGGAGGGUAGGGAGAGCGGCGCCUCGUAAUACCGACACUCCUCUCCCCCCGCGUCCCCACCACCACCGAAUCUACGGUGCGGCCCCGUCAGAGUCGCGGAGGAUAGGGUGAGUGGCGCAUCGCCGUACCAACACUCUUCUUCCUCCGCGACUCCACCUCAGCUGCAGCGGUAGGGGGAGAGGACACCCCUCUCACCGCAGCCCACCGACACACAUCCGAAGUGGGCUCGCCAUGCCCACUCGGAGUGGCCACCUCGGGCCUGCCCUAUACCACGGGCCAGCCAAGGGGUUCCUCUUUGUUCACCACGGGUGACCAAGCCACGGCUACUAAGCCCCCCCGCCACGACAAGGCGGGGACCCGUUCAGGGGGAGGGGGGGGGCAAAAUAGAGCCUAGAGCUAGAAUACUUGUGGCAACCCCUUCCCCUUCAUACUACGUAAGCCAGUGCUUGACUACAAUCCCACCUGACGGUAAGUAGUGACACGCCUCGAGCCGGUCAUUUGCCGGCAUUGUUAGACUUUUGACUACUGUCGUGAACUUCUCCUAACACAAGUAUUGUAAGCUUAACUGGAGUAGUUAAUAGGAAUAUUAGUAAUUUUAAGGGCACUGCUAGUGUUCUUUAUUAAAAAAGCUCCGCAAUGCCAAGUUCCCUGCGGCAUGUAAAGAGGCAAGGUUGGUCCUCUUGAUAAAGAAAGGCAGAGCUGCAGAUUCUCCCUCUGUGUACCGUCCCAUAUGCCUGCCUGUUGGACGAGAUUGGCAAACUCUUCAAAAGGAUAAUUGCCACUCGCCUCAAUGGGUAUCUGUCGUGCGCCGUUUAAUCGUUUCUUAUCUGGCUGGUAACCAGUUUGGAAUUCGAUAAGAGCGAUUGCGUUAAAUCUGGAUAUCGUCAAUACCUUUAAUUUCUUAAUAUGGGACACAAUUAGUAGGGUAUUGGCACACCAUCAGGCGCACGUUAUAGAGGACUAUUUGGGCGGUAGGCUCAUUUUCUAUAUGGGGAAAUGGUAGAUUCAGCGUGAGGUUCCACAAGGGUCAGUGUUGGGUCCGUUACUAUCGAACCUCGCCGACGAUAAUGAUAAAUAUCAUGGAAGACAAAAUCAAUUUACUGCGAACUAGUUAAUAAUUAAACAGGUGUUUAUUUAAUUUGUAGUAUAUUAAUAUUUUAUUACUUAUGUGAAUAUUAUUAAUUUCAGGUUAAGAUGGGGUCAUGGAUUGUCGGCAGAUAUAAACGAAUAUGUUGAUAAAACAGUUAACAUGCUUGUUCCCUUUAUUCAAAACAAUGGCCUUGACCCGAUGCCGUUACCUGAAGUUGUCGAGGGAUUUGAAGUCAAACCUUUACUAGUCACAUACAGUGCGUGGCUUAAGAUCUUCGAUGGCCGAAUGACGGGCCUAGUCAAUUUAUCUCGCGCUGGUGACCAGAAAGUCAACUACUAUGCUAAGAUGCUGCGCGUAAGAGUUGCACUGCAAUUCACGGACCUAGAGAUUAAAUAUAAAUACCUCGUAAAAGUCAUGAAUUUGGGUCCCACAGGCGGCAUCGCAGCUUCUUUGGACCGUUUUGUUGUAAUAGCAGAUGUUCUCAUUGAUUUUAAUAACGACGAAAUACAUCUCCAGCAAUUUUCAUUGACAGACAUUGGACGACUGCGUGCAAAGCUUACCGGCAACGUGCUUACCGAUUGGUUGAUUAAUCCAGUCAUAAAUGUAUUUACAAAAAUAUUUGACACGGUUAUUAUCAAGUAUGUCGAGUGGAACAUUCGCUCAGCUUUACAAAACGGAAUCAAUUUAAUCAACACAAAUCUGCAAGAAUUAAUCAAACACCUUGAAUCAUAUAAUUAAUCUUCGUUAUUCGAUUAUUUAAAUAAAGAUAAAUUUGUUUU